UUCGCUGACUGCAGCUCCAGACACCGCCCGCAUCUCUCUGGCCUCUGAAGCCCCGGCCGCCGCCAGCACCAUGGCCAGCACCGUGUCGGCCUACAAGGAGAAGAUGAAGGAGCUGUCCGUGCUGUCACUAAUCUGCUCCUGCUUCUACUCACAGCCUCAUCCCAACACCAUCUACCAGUAUGGGGACAUGGAGGUGAAGCAGCUGGACAAGCGAGCCUCUGGUCAGAGCUUCGAGGUCAUCCUCAAGUCCCCUUCUGACCUGUCCCCAGAGAGCCCUGUGCUUUCCUCUCCCCCUAAGAGGAAGGAUGCUUCCCUGGAGGAGCUGCAGAAGAGGCUGGAGGCAGCUGAGGAGCGGAGGAAGACUCAGGAGGCCCAGGUGCUGAAGCACCUGGCGGAGCGGCGUGAGCACGAGCGCGAGGUGCUGCACAAGGCGCUGGAGGAGAACAACAACUUCAGCCGCCUGGCAGAGGAGAAGCUGAACUACAAGAUGGAGCUCAGCAAGGAGAUCCGCGAGGCACACCUGGCGGCGCUGCGAGAGCGGCUGCGCGAGAAGGAGCUGCACGCGGCCGAGGUGCGCAGGAACAAGGAGCAGAGGGAGGAGAUGUCCGGCUAAGAGGUGCCCGACCUGGCGGCGAGAACGCAGUCGAGUUUUUUGUUUUGUUCAACUCUGUCUACAUGCAACUUUUGUUUCUGCUCCGAGCCCCCUCCUCUGCACCCCCAGCUUCAUGCUGCUCUUUCCGCAUUCUGAGCUGUCCAGUCCUUGUAGUGUCCCUGGCCAUGACCUCUGUGAGGUGUGAGGCAUGGUCGGUCCCCCAGUUCAGACACCAGGCCAGGUGUGGCUGGGGUCUCUCUCGGUGGCCCUCUUAGUGGAUGUGUUGGCAACCUUAAUAAACCUAGUGGAAGUGGCACGAA